CUCUGGAGUUUCUGAAAGCGGCGUGUUGACGCAUGAAAAUGUGUUCCUCUUUGCGUAAAAAGGCACAUCGCCCCUGGACAUGCAGCAUUCAUAACACACUUGUAGAGAAGCUUUUAUCUAGUAGUUAUCUCGUAGUUUUAUCUAGUAGUUAUUUCCGUUUAUUUGAUAUUAUUAUUGCAUUUACUUGACAACAUGUCAGAAGUCUUCAUUAUAGAUCUAAUUCACUGUCGGUGUCCGCAGCACAGCUCGUGCGUGGAGAGACAAGUAAAAAGCGUCACAGGUAGGAGCGAUGUCGGCUUUCAAAUAUAUCUACUAUUCGGACCACACGUUCAACGUUGUAAUGCAAACGGCGAGAACAAGGUGUCUUUGCUGGAAACGUUUUUCAGUCAGAAGACAAACGUCCACAUAUUGGACUACACCACUGUUACGGAGUCUUGGUACCGUUUCAAACUAGCCGUGGACCAACUGGACUUGCGAACGGUUCGGGUCUUCACCUCAAAAAACAGGCGACCAAUGUUUGAAGCAUACAUUGAGCAACUUUUCACGGAGGUGUAUACAUUUGAGUACAUCACAUCCAAUGACCUCCCGUGCCCUGGUCAUGUGCAAUGCGACUCACCUUUAGCUCCACCUGUCAGUGAGGUCAGAGAGGAGGUCAGAAGCUUUCUACAGCAGUUACCUGCUAAAGGAGACGUCACCAUACUGAGGUCCACUUUCAUUUCAGACUGUUUCUCCCAUGGGUUCACCACACGUACAGGAGGUAUUUCCUCCAUCUCCACCCUCUCCUCUCUCAACCUGUUCAGUAGCUCCAGACGCAGAGACCCCAGGACCCUCGUAGCCGAGAACAUCCGCAGACUAGCCCAAAAGGCUGGGUUCUACCCCCGACUCCUGCACCUGGUCAAGGUGAACCACAGCAGUGACGUAUGGGUGAUGGGAAAGGAAGAGGAGCCACACGACUAUGAUGGCAUCGUAACCAAUCAGAGAGGUGUUGUCAUAGCUGCGCCAGGAGCUGAUUGCAUGCCCCUCCUCUUCACUGACCCCGUGGCCAGGGUCAUCGGAGUAGCUCACGCUGGAUGGAAAGGAACCCUGAUGGGUGUUGCCAUGGCUACAGUCAACGCCAUGGUGAGGGGAUUCGGCAGCAGGGCGUGUGACGUCACCGUGGUGAUCGGGCCGUCGGUGGGGGCCUGUUGCUUUACACUGGAGAGAGAGCAGGCUGCAGACUUCUACUCUAUCCACCCUGACUGUGUUCCUGACAUGGCCGAGACCAGGCCUCAUGUCAACAUACGACUAGCCACCAGAAUACUUCUCCAGAGGGAAGGGGUCCUGCCUGAGCGUAUCCAUGAUGACACAGUGACUGACAGGCCGAGCGUGACCCUGUGCACCUCCUGUCACCCUGAGGCCUUCUUCUCCCACGUCAGGGACGGGCUUGACUUCGGAACACAGAUGGGCUUCCUGUGGAUGGACGAAGCAGGAACUACUGACUGUUUCAGUAGUUCAGAACACUGAAUUCAUUUAUGUACAGUACCAGUCAAAAGUUUUAGAACACCUACUCAUUGCAGGGUUUUUCUUUAUUCUGACUAUUUUCUACAUUGUAGAAUAAUAGUGAAUACAUCAAACCUAUGAAAUAACACAUAUGGAAUCAUGUAGUAAUCAAAAUGAAUGAUUGUCCCACUAAGCGCAAACCAGAUGGGAUGGCGUAUCUCUGCGCCACUCGAAUGCUGUGGUAGCCAUGCUGGUUAAGUGUGCCUUAAAUUCUAAAUAAAUCACUGACAGUGUCACGAGCAAAGCACCCCCACACCAUCCCACAUCCUCGUCCAUGCUUCACGGUGGGAACCACACAUGCAGAGAUCAUCCGUUCACCUACUCUGCGUCUCACAGAGACACGAUGGUUUAACUUUAAAAGUUCUUGAAAUUUUCCUCAUUGACUGACUUUCAUGUCUUAAAGUCAUUAUGGGUUGUCUUUUCUCUUUGCUUAUUUGAGCUGUUCUUGACGUAAUAUGGACUUGGUCUUUUACCAAAUAGGGCUAUCUUCUGUAUACCACCCCUACCUUGUCACAACACAACUGAUUGGCUCAAACGAAUUAAGAUGGAAAGAAAUUCCACAAAUGAACAGGCACACCUGUUAAUUGAAAUGCAUUCCAGGUGACUACCUCAUGAAGCUGGUUGAGAGAAUGCCAAGAGUGAUUAAAGCUGUCGUCAAGGCAAAGGGUGGCUACUUUGAAGAAUCUUACAUAUAACAUAUUUUGAUUUGCUUAAUACUUUUUUGGUUACUACAUGAUUCCCAUGUGUUAUUUCAUCGUUUUGAUGUCUUCACUAUUAUUCUACAAUGUAGAAAAUAGUCCAAAUAAAGAAAAACCUUUGAAUGAGUAGGUGUGUCCAAACAUUUGACUGGUACUGUAUAUUAAAUGCACAUGUAGCCAUAUCUGUCUGUGGUAAAGUUGCAUGCAACAUAAAAGCGGUACAUUCCAGAUCUUUCCAUGAAUAUUCACUUCAUAUGCAAACACUUAUUCAUACACAAUGCAUUAUUGUGUUUGUGUGAGGAUACAGUAUUAUUUUGGUGCCAAUAUUUUGGUUCCACAGAAAUACAGUAGCAGGAAAUCUGAUAUAUCAAAAGGUGGCGAUAGCUCCACCAAAAUAAUACUGUAUCCUCACACAAAUACAAUAAUGCAUUGUUUGUUUAUCUUUGUCUAAAGAUCUCAGGAAUCACAUCUGUAUGAAUAGGCCAUGUGGAGUGCACAUAAAUGAAAACCCAAUAUAGAACAUUUGAUUAAAAGAACCUCCAUAGCAAGGCAUAUAAAGUCUAUCUUGUAUGAUCUUGUAUUUUAGUGUUUUAUGAGGCCAUGGUCUAUUAAAACUACCGUUAAACACGUCUUCACUGCAUUGUAUAAGUUCCACACCAGCUACUUUAAUUAAACCUGACUAAUUAAGACCAA